AUGAAGUAUCAAUUGGUUUCUGCAAUCGCAGCAGCAACAUCCCUCUGGGUUGCAAGUAGUACAGCUAGCCCCCUCAACAUCCUAGAUAGCGUCUCUCACUCUGCUAUGAGUGUCCGCUCGCCAAACAUCAUGACUCUUGAGGAUCGAUUCUCGAACAGCGGCUUAGAAUAUAUGGAAUGGGCCAACUUGAAAGUCGCCGAGGGCAAAAUGUAUUGGCCUAACAAAACCUCGAUCACCAUUGGAAACCGGCAGACUGGAUCUUUCACGCUUAUGAAUAUAGCAUGUGGCGUGUUAGGUGGCACUCAGCAGUUUUACGAGGAUGGAGAAGCUCAUUUCUGCACUCUUGUCAACCUAUAUGUUGGUGGCGUCUUGAAAGGAGCAGAAUGGUUGGUCAAUGACCUUGUAUGCCAGGACCAGCAACCUUGCUUACUCCUGGUCGAGAUUGGCCUCGAUGUUGGUGGUGGAUUCGCCGCGAGUGGAGUCCCUAGCUUUUGUAGUGCUGUGUUUGAAGAGAUUUACGCCAGUUGCAACGGCGCCCCAGGAGGUGCUGGGCAGAUUUUUAUCACUGACGAUAGUGGAUCGCAGAGCGGUGUUGCUGAAGCACAAUUUUUUGGUGGCGAGUCAGAUACUUGUCCAGCCACAGACGAUACAUUUGCUUGCGGGGCUUCAUUGGGCAACUAA